AUGCUACCACACGGAGGUCGUGGCGGAGCAACCCCUGCUUCACGAGAUCUCGUGGAAGGAAUUCGAUUUUUUAGGGGUUUAAAGGAGUUUUUGAGUUUAGAUCCUCCUACGUUUACGGGCGCGCUAAAUCCAAUAGUAGCAAAGGAUUGGCUCGAGCAAACUACGAAAGCACUUGAUGUGCUAGGGAUUGGGGAUGAUAACUUGAGGGUUCUCAUUGCCUCGUAUCAAUUCACGGGGGAGGCAGAGGUGUGGUGGGAGUCUGUCACGAGCACCCAUAUGGUGGAAGGGAUGGAUUGGGGAAUCUUUUUGGGGUUAUUUCACGAGAAAUACCUUCCGAUAUCGGUUAUGAAUGCCUUGAGGGAUGAAUUUCUAGCCCUAGUCCAAGGGAAUAUGAAUGUUGAAGAGUACGAGGAUAGGUUCACUUCUUUGUCCCGUUUUGCACCAGAUAUAGUGGCGGAUGAGAGCACAAAGACUAGGCAAUUCGCAUAA